GAUGGUCGGAGACUCAAAGGAGCCAUCCAGAGGAGCACGGAAACCGGGCUAGCUGUUGAGAUGCCCAGCCGGACCGUCCGCCAAGCCAGCCACGAAUCCAUCGAGGACAGCAUGAACAGCUACGGAUCAGAGGGAAACUUGAAUUUCAGUGGAGUCCAUCUGGCAUCUGCUGGGCAGUUUAGCGACUUCCUGGGCAGCAUGGGCCCUGCACAGUUCGUUGGGCGUCAGACCUUGGCCACCACCUCCAUGGGGGAUGUGGAAAUUGGCUUGCAAGAGCGAAAUGGGCAGCUAGAAGUGGACAUCAUUCAGGCCCGAGGACUGACGCCAAAACCCGGCUCCAAAACACUGCCAGCUGCUUACAUCAAAGCUUACCUGCUAGAGAAUGGCGUGUGCAUUGCGAAAAAGAAGACAAAAGUGGCUCGCAAAUCAUUAGACCCUUUGUACAAUCAGGUGUUACUCUUUCCUGAGAGCCCCCAGGGCAAAGUAUUACAGGUGAUAGUGUGGGGAAACUACGGCCGCAUGGAGCGCAAGCACUUCAUGGGAGUCGCCAGGGUGCUCCUGGAAGAACUGGAUUUGUCAACUUUAGCAAUCGGCUGGUACAAGCUCUUCCCGACCUCCUCCAUGGUGGAUCCCACUACAGGCCCGCUCCUGCGUCAGUCCUCACAGCUUUCCUUGGAGAGCACGGUGGGACCCUGCUGUGACAGGUCUUAGUGAGUAAGGAAGGGGGAACUGCUUUUGUUUUUUAAACAUGCUGUCAAGGUUUUGUUUGCUGGAACUCUGACCUCAAGCGCGAUGCAUGUUCAAUCAGUUCUUGUGGAGCUGGAAGAGGAGGAUAAACCAGUGACCUUAGACAGAAGACAAGGGGGAGGGCGCUGUGUCCUCUCCAUCCGAGGAGGAGGUGCCAUGGGGCAUGAGUCCUAGUUGUCAAUUUAGACAUACACCUCUUGUUUCACUUCUCUCACUGUCAUUCUUGGACCCUUGUUUCAGAUCAGUAUUAAUUCUGGAAAGUUGCAGCAUUUUAAAGGAUUUAGAAGGAAUAAGGAAGGUGUUUGUUUCUUAACUUUGUAUCUUACAAAUUUCUAAUAUGGACGCCAUCUGAUAGCACUUGAAAAAUUCAGAAGCCAAUAUCUGACCUAAAAAGAACAGGGGCAGAAAGUUUAAGAGAAAUCCUGAUGGUUUUGUAAGAUCUAUUUUUUUCUUGAAAGAAAGAAAGAAAACUGCAACUCUUUCUCUAGUAUAAAUCCACCCCACUGAAUCAUGUUAACUGUAAAACUGUUGUUGCUGUGUUUUCAAACUGUGCCAAAUUACCAGCAAGUGUCUUUACUGCGUUACUUGUCUAACACUGCUGAUGAAGCAUACUUGGUAGGAGAGUAAGUAGAGGGUCUUAGACCAGGCAGUUUAAGCAGAGGUUGA